AUGGCAAAGCAAAUAACACCAAUCCUUUCCCUAUUACUUGAAAAGAAACCACUUGAGUUUGUUAAACCCUCAAAACACACUCAUUGUGAAACUCUCACCCUUUCUACCUUAGACAGCGAUCUUCUCAAUGAAGUUAUGUACGCAACGAUUUACGUUUUCAAAGCCAAUGAAAAGAACCUGAAGGAUCCUGUCGCUCUGCUUAGGAAGGCUUUGUCCGAACUUCUUGUGUAUUACUAUCCCCUUUCAGGCAAGCUAAUGAGACGAGAAAGUGAUCGAAAGCUUAAGUUGGUUUGUCUAGGUGAGGGAGUUCCAUUUGAAGUCGCAACAGCAUCUCUCAGCCUCUCCUCUCUAAACUAUAUAGAAAACCUCGAUGAACAAGUUGCUUUGCGCCUUGUGCCUGAAAUCGAAAUAGACUAUGAUAACAACGUUUGUUAUCAUCCUCUAGCAUUGCAGGUGACCAAGUUUGCAUGCGGGGGAUUCACCAUUGGAACCGCAUUGACACACGCUGUGUGUGAUGGAUACGGUGUGGCUCAGAUCAUUCAUGCCUUAACCGAGUUGGCUGGAGGAAAGACCGAGCCAUCAGUGAAACCAGUGUGGCAGAGAGAGCGGCUGGUCGGAAAAUUUGACAAUGAACCGGCCAAAGUUCCCGGCGGCCACAUUGCUAGUCUUUUGGCCACCUCACCAUAUAUGCCAACUACUGAUAUCGUCACGGAGAUAAUAAACAUUCCGGCUGGGAAUAUAAAGAGGCUUAAAGACUGUUUGAUGAGAGAGUGCGAGUUCCCUAAAGAUAGUUUCACUACUUAUGAAGUAAUUAGUUCUUACGUAUGGAAACUAAGAUCUCGAGCCCUAAAGCUAAACCCUGACGGGAUCACUGUCCUUGGCGUAGCUGUUGGAAUCCGACAUGUUUUGGACCCGCCACUUCCUCAAGGAUACUAUGGUAACGCGUACAUAGACGUCUACGUCGAGCUGACUGUGAGAGAACUCGAAGAAGCAUCAAUCACCGACAUCGCGAAGCAUGUGAAGAAAGCCAAGAAAACAGCCUAUGAAAAGAAGUAUCUCGAGGAAGAGCUAAAGAACACUGAGAGAUUGAUGAGAGGGGAUGCAACAUUCGAAGGGGUAAGCGACGGUUUAUUGUUCUUGACGGAUUGGAGGAAUAUUGGUUGGUUCGGAUCAAUGAAUUUUGGUUGGGAUGAGCCUGUGAAUCUGCGGCCAUUAACCCAGCAGGGGAGUCCAGUGUACGUAGGGAUGAUCUUGAAACCUUCGAAACUGGAUCCAUCAAUGGAAGGUGGAGUUAAAGUGGUCAUGAAGUUACCGAGAGAGGCAAUGGUUGAAUUCAAGCGAGAAAUGGAUGCUAUGAACAACCUUUAUUUUGGUGAUACCAACUAA